AUGAUUCAUAUAAAGUUUCAGCAAUCUGUUGUACUGAACUACAUAGUUCUGAUUGCUUCCCAGUUGAAGUGGGCAAUGAAUUAUCUGCUUCUCCAAUCCUUCUUUCUGCCUUGCGGAAUCGAGUUAAAAGACUAUGUUGAUGACCUUGCUGUAACGCGUUACGAAAAUAAUAAUAAUAAUGCAGAAUGUGCUGUUUGCUUAUGCAGAAUUGAUGAAGGGGAUGACGUUAGAGAGCUGAGAUGCAAACAUCUUUAUCAUAGAGUUUGCAUAGAUAGGUGGCUAGGAUAUGGGCACAAGACAUGUCCACUCUGCCGGAAUAACCUAAAGCCACCUCAAAUGGCGGCCGACCUCCACCAAGCUGAGGCUCGACCUCAUCCUCUCACCUCUACGUCUCCUCCAGCUAGCCUCGGGUCGCAGCUCGGUGCCGGGAUUCAGCUUCUUCCUUCUUCAUCCUUCGAAAUUCUAUUUGGAAGAAGCAAAGGGAAGGGUGAAUUAUCAAGGAUACAUUCUUCUACGGAGGCGUGGGCCAAUUAUCGACUGGCCGGCGAGUUGUACUUUCUUGAUGAUACAAUCUCAUUUACAUCUGAGGAAUUAUCAAGAGCGCCAGCUGAAGUUCUGGGAAGGAGUAGCCAUGGGACAUCUUACCGGGCAACACUAGACAAUGGGUUGUUCUUGACUGUGAAGUGGUUGAGGGAAGGAGUUGCAAAACCAAGAAAUUCUAAUAUGGGUGAAUUAAGGGAUAUAGAAGAUAAUAUGCCAGUGGCAAGCUUUCCUCCCAUCAAGAUCGAGAAGGAUGAUAACAAUGGAAGUGGAGGUGGAGUUCAAGGCAAUGCCAGUAGUUAG